AUGGACGUCCUCCCAGAGAACAUACGCCUUCGGCGUGCAAAGCCACUCAGCGACUUCGAUGAGAAGCGGAAUCUGUGCACCGACAUCCAUGAUCCUCGAGUGGACGACUCUGGAAACUUUGAGUUUGGAGGCUCUGUGGGCUGUCUUGCCCUAAUGGUUGGGUUUCCCCUGUUGAUGUACUAUAUGUGGAUUGGCGCUACGUAUUAUGAUGGCCAUCUUCCACUCCCACACGAUAAUCAAACCUGGAAAGAGUUUGGAGAGCACCUUUUUAAUCUCGUCUACACGGGUGCCUAUCCGAGCGGUCGAGCAUGGCGCAUCUACUGGGCCUACUACGUCUUCGAGGCCGCAUGCUAUAUUAUACUUCCUGGCUUCGAAUCGUACGGAAAGCCCAUCGCCCACGAAGGAGGCAGGCAGCUCAAGUACCAUUGUUCUGCAUACGCCAGCCUGUAUGUGACUAUACUCACUAUGAUCGCCUUGCACACCUCCGGAAAAUUCCAGAUUUACACCUUCCUUGACGAGUUCGGCCCAUUGAUGUCGGUUGCAAUCAUCUCGGGCUUUCUAAUGAGCAUCUACGCCUAUAUCUCUGCCUUUGCCCGUGGAACGCAUCAUCGAUUAACUGGCUAUCCGAUUUAUGAUUUUUUCAUGGGCGCCGAGUUGAACCCCCGCCUGUUCGGAAUCCUGGAUUUCAAAAUGUUCUACGAAGUCCGCAUUCCCUGGUUCAUGUUGCUAGGCUUCAGCAGUGCUGCCGCUGCCCGACAGUAUGAGAAGUAUGGAUAUGUCUCUGGAGAAGUCUUGUUCUUGGUGAUGGCCCAUUUCCUGUACGCGAACGCCUGUGCGAAGGGGGAGCAUCUGAUCACUACCAGCUGGGAUAUGCACUACGAGAAGCUAGGAUUCAUGUUGACCUUUUGGAACCUCGCCGGCGUCCCUAUGUCUUACUGCCAUUGUACGCUGUAUCUGGCUAAUCGAGACCCUGCGACUUAUGCAUGGAACAAGUACGCUCUGGGUGUCCUCUACGCCUCCUAUCUGUUCGCCUACUAUGUAUGGGACACGACCAAUAGCCAGAAGAACUCCUUCCGCCUGAUGGAGAGAGGCACCUUUGUCAAACGAAAGACAUUCCCUCAGCUCCCUUGGCAGGAGAUACAUAAUCCGCGAACAAUCAGCACCAGCUGUGGCGAGAAGAUCCUGGCCGACGGAUGGUAUGGCUACGCUCGCAAAAUCCAUUACACCUGCGACACUUUCUUUGCCAUUUCCUGGGGACUUAUCACCGGAUUUGACAGCCCCUUCCCCUGGUUUUACUCUGUGUUUUUCGUGAUCAUGAUCGCCCAUCGAACUAUGCGGGAUGUGGCCAAGUGCAGGAAGAAGUACGGCAAAGCAUGGACGGAGUAUGAGCGUCUGGUCCCUUAUCUCUUCAUACCGCACGUGGUUUAG